CGCAGCCGGAAGUGCACUUACUAUCUCUCUCUCUUCUGUACUGUGAACAUGGCGGAUGUCCAGGCUGCGGCUCCUGCGGACGGCGAUGCCAAACUCAGCAAAAACGAGUUGAAAAGGCGAUUGAAAGCCGAGAAAAAAUCUGCUGAAAAAGAGGCAAAACAAAAAGAGCAAAGUGAAAAAACACCAAGUGAGCAGUCCCAAGAGCUCGAUGAAGAAAGUCUUGAUCCUAAUCAAUAUUAUAAAAUAAGGACCCAAGCCAUCCAACAGCUGAAAGGUACCAAGGAUGACCCUUAUCCACACAAGUUUCACGUGGAUAUGUCCCUUACGGAUUUCAUUCAGAAAUACAACGGCUUGCAGGUCGGAGACCACUUGGAGGAAGUGGUGAGCGUAGCAGGCAGGAUCCAUGCCAAGCGUAUUUCUGGAGCCAAGCUGAUCUUUUAUGAUCUACGAGGUGAAGCUGUGAAGCUGCAAGUGAUGGCCAAUUCUAAAUUCUACAAAUCCGAAGAAGAGUUUAUGGCAAUAAAUAACAAGCUGCGCCGAGGAGACAUUAUCGGAAUUAGAGGGAACCCUGGGAAAACCAAGAAGGGAGAGCUCAGUAUCAUCCCUAAGGAGAUGACGCUGCUGUCGCCUUGUCUGCACAUGCUGCCGCACCUGCACUUUGGUCUAAAAGACAAGGAAACCAGAUUCCGACAGCGUUACUUGGAUCUUAUUCUCAACGACUAUGUACGUCAAAAGUUUAUCACCAGAUCAAAAAUUAUUACCUACCUGCGCAGGUUCCUGGAUGACUUGGGGUUCCUUGAGAUUGAAACUCCAAUGAUGAACAUUAUUCCAGGAGGUGCUGUUGCCAAACCUUUCAUCACACAUCACAAUGAGCUGGACAUGGACCUGUAUAUGAGGAUCGCUCCUGAGCUCUAUCACAAGAUGCUGGUGGUCGGUGGCAUUGACCGUGUAUACGAAGUGGGCAGGCAGUUUAGAAAUGAAGGAAUUGACUUGACUCACAACCCCGAGUUCACGACCUGUGAAUUUUACAUGGCCUAUGCAGAUUAUCACGACCUCAUGGAAAUCACUGAGAAGCUGCUGUCAGGGAUGGUUAAACACAUACAUGGUUGCUACAAAAUCACGUAUCACCCUGAAGGACCUGACGGACCUGGCCAAGAAAUAGACUUUACUCCACCAUUCAAAAGAAUCAGCAUGGUGCACGAACUGGAGAAAGUCCUGGGAAAGAAACUCCCUCCAACAGACCAGUUUGAGACUGAAGCGACCCGUAAGAUGCUAGAUGAAAUCUGUGCGGAGAAGGAAGUUGAAUGCCCAGCUCCGAGGACCACCGCAAGGCUACUUGACAAGUUGGUCGGUGAAUUCCUGGAGGUCACAUGCAUUAAUCCAACUUUUAUUAUUGACCAUCCUCAAAUCAUGAGCCCUCUUGCCAAAUGGCACCGGUCAGAAAAGGGGCUGACGGAAAGAUUUGAGCUAUUCAUUAUGAAGAAAGAGAUUUGCAAUGCCUACACUGAAAUGAACGACCCUAUCCGGCAGAGGGAGCUGUUUGAAGAUCAAUCUAAGGCCAAAGCAGAGGGUGAUGACGAGGCCAUGUUUAUCGAUGAAAACUUCUGCACUGCUCUGGAGUAUGGGCUGCCCCCUACAGCUGGUUGGGGAAUGGGCAUUGACCGCCUUACCAUGUUCUUGACCGACUCUAACAACAUCAAGGAGGUGCUCCUGUUCCCUGCCAUGAAGCCAGAAGACAAUAAGAAAGACCCGGCACCCAGCCAGAGCUCUGGAACAUCUGUGUAACCUCAUUUUAUCUGCUUUUAGGGUGUUUUUGUCUGUGGCUCUGUCUGCACCUAGAUGCAGCUCAUUCUACUUUAUACUGAAAAUAAAUUAUGAAAAUGU